AAAUGAAGCAGGUCUUCUCGACAACAACACUAGGCCUUCCGAUAGCAAAGCGAGAAGUAAGCCAAUGGAGGAAGUGACUCGUUCUGCUUAUAUUCAUUACAUCCUAUUCCGUUGAAAGAUUUAUUGUGUUAAUCUCCACGUGUUCCCGUAGUUCAAGGAAUAUCUAUUUAGCCUAAGAUUUUGCUUGGGAUGUCUUCCAAAAAUAUCACGCUAACUCUUUGGAAAAUGAGCGGAAUCAUUAUUCUAGCCCUUCCAAUUACUUACCUAUAUUUAUCAUCCUGGACCAAACGGUUUACGUCAGUUGGGAACAACAAAAAACCAAAUGUAUCAUUUGCAUCAGUAAAUUGCGGCAACUUUUGCUUACCUGAAAAUCAAGGAGGAAAGAAUGCUGAACCGAUCUCAGAUGAUAGAACCUUAUGGGCCUUAAAACACGUCAAUGACCUGGAUCACUUCCCCAAACAUAAGCAACCAUUCAUCUCCUUCCUGAGGAAUAUGCGGUCGAAGUAUAUUAGCUCUUUGCAAUCAAUUCCACAAGACGAGAGACUCACCAUGCCCUUACAUCAACCGGAGCAAAGGUAUAAAGAUAAAGGAUACGCUUGCCCUUGCAAAAACCUAGUGACAAUCACCGAGGGUGGAAGAUUGGGAAAUAAGAUGUCCCAAUAUAUGACUUUAUUGGGCCUCUCCAAAAAAUUCAAUUUCCUUCCAAUCAUCUCCAGAGACAUGUACCGCACCUUGACAUCCAUUUUUCCAAACUUGACUAUUCCUUCACAGGAUAUUUUGCCCUGCAAAUGCAGGUGGACUAAAGUUCCUGCCGAAGUUGUACGUCCAAUGAAAUCCAAAGAAGAGCUUUUCGCGCGUGGAAAAAACAUUUAUAUUUCUGAAUUUCCCGCUUUUGUGGAAAUAUUCCAACAGUUUCACCCGACAGUGAUGAAGGAAUUCAGUUUUAGUAAUGAUAUUUUGUUGGAAGUUCAAGAGUAUUUGAAUCAAAUCAAGAGGCAGUUCCGAUUAAGAAUGGGAUUUGAUCUGCUGGCGAACGUUACCAUCGUUGGAGUUCACAACAGAAGGACGGAUUAUGGAGCUUACUUAAAACAAAAGGUCUAUGGCCGUUUGUUAUCUGUGAGCUACUUUGAAAAAGCCAUGAGUGCUUUUUCUCGAGUUCAUGGUAAUUCUACAAUGUUUAUUCUGACUUCGGAUGAUCACAGAUGGUUCCAUCAAUAUUUCAAGGAUCGUCAAGAUGUCUUUUUUAGCUUCAAAAAUUGGCCAUAUUGUCGGGACAAUGUGGCUUUUGAUUUGGCCGUUCUGGCCAGCGCUGAUCACUCCAUUUUCAGUUUUGGUACAUUCGGAUUUUGGGGAGCAUAUUUAUCCGGUGGAGAAACAAUAAUGGCCACAAAUUUUUCGUCCAAGUCUCAGGCGCUCUUAUUAGAUGCCAAGGCUUACAUAAAACGCUGGAAUUUUAUGGAAGAUCCAUGUCUUAGGGGUGGCAAAGUGGCUGAAGAAUGUUCGAAAAAUGCAACCAAGUAUGGCUUGGUUUGAUGAACCCAUUUAGACCAUUGGAAGCUAUUUCUUUGUCAAGUUAUCAAGAUUUGAAAUGCAUGCGGGAAUCAAAGAGGCUUCAAAAGUUUAGACUCACAUCAUGUUGUCAAACUUUUUGGUGCGAACCGACCCGUUUGGUCAAAUCAGCUUUAUUGCUGGAGAUUAAUUCUGCAUUCCUGCUGGUUUACUGGUUACUUGAAAGCAAUAAACACCUUUCGCAUAAAAAAAUGUUAAGUUGUCAAACUUACGUUGUUCAAUUCAU